CCCACUGCACUGUAGUUUGACAAAGUCAAAAGCGGCGAAUCGUGAAUUUUUGAAGUUUCUGUAACGAAUGAGACGUUUUAAGUGGAAUUGGGCGGUUUAGUGGAGAAUAUUACAAUAAAAUAUCGGAAAUAGUGUCGGUGCAAUUGCGAAUAGAAGAAAAUAUUAGUGGAUUUAUUAGUAAUUUGAAAUUCAUGAGCUGAGAAUGUCGUUAGUGGCUACAUUUGAUGAUUUGAUGCGAUGUAUGGCCGUUUUAAUAGACGGUACAGCCGAAGAAGAGUUUUUGAAGUUCGUAAAAGUUCAAGAAGAAUGUCGGAUGCAGUGGCUGGCCGCUAUCCAGGAAGCACAGCGACUUCAGCGGGAACUUGAUGCAUCGCUGCAGAAUAUGGCUGAUUUGGAGGCAAAGUUGUAUCAUGCACGAAAAUUGAUUGAAAGUGAACAUAAAGCACGGAAGGAGGCAGAAAAUGAAAGGGAUAAUAUAGAGAAGAAGCUGGUCGCAGUCGCGGAACUACUUAGAAAUGAGCGUGACAUCAAAGAUGAAACUAAAGAUAAAUUCGCUUUUCUCAGUACUUUCCCAAGAAAACGCAAAUCGGAGAAUACUCAAGCCAACGAAAGGCAAGGAAACGAAAUAAAUUCUACAGGGUCGUUCCUUUCCGACCUUUCACUGACGCAAUCCGAAGAUGAUUUUCUUGAAGGACGACCAGCAAAAACAUGGAAACGAAACCGUCCCUCAUACUCGAAGGCAACCGGUUCUUACAGGGCUAGUAAGAGAUCGAAGUCGGAAGGAAGAAAGAGCAAAUCAAGAACAAUGGAAAUCGGUCCGAUGGAUAAAAUCGUAGCACAGACAAAGGUGUCUAUACCCCAAGAAGGUAAAGGCCCAAUACAUGCAGAAUCCACAAUCGAAGCAAUCCCACAGGUUUUAACCAUAAGAGAAGAUAAAGAAAAUAAUGAUCCUAUCAUGUCACCAAUUCGAUCAACAGUAACUAGAACACUGAAAAGGAAGUCGCCAACUAAAGCUAGUUUCACUCCAUCAGCGCCAACUUUGCAGGAAAUCAGUACACCUGUACAAGAGUUCAAGAAAAAUUACGGCAGGAGCCAUAACUUUGCAGCCAAAACAUUUUUGAAGUCUGAUUCUUGUUCGCACUGUCAAAAAAAAAUUCGUUUCGGUUCUAUGGCCCUGAAGUGCCGAGAGUGUAGGAUAUGCAUUCAUACUGAUUGUAAAGAAUUUACAACGAAGCCAUGCGUACCUCAAAGUGUUGGUACGCCUACCCUUAAGGGUUCACUCAAAGACUAUGUUCCGACAGUGUCACCAAUGAUCCCACCACUCAUAGUUCAUUGUGUACAUGAAAUUGAAACACGAGGAUUGAAUGAAGUUGGAAUUUAUCGAGUUUCCGCAUCAGAACGCGAGGUUAAAGCUCUUAAAGAGAGAUUCUUGCGUGGCAAGAGUGUACCACCAUUAGGAAAUGUUGAUGUGUAUGUGCUUUGUGGUUGUAUCAAAGAUUUCUUAAGGGGCUUGCAAGAACCUCUCAUUCCCACUAGUUUGUGGAAAGAUUUCACAAACGCAGUACAAAGUUGUACGCCUGAAUCGCUAGCUCGUGACUUAUACAAAGCCGUUGAAAUGUUACCUAAGGCUAACCGAGACACUCUUGCAUUCCUAAUUUUACAUUUGCAACGUGUAGCCGUUUGUGAGGAAAUCAAAAUGCCGAUCGAAAACCUAGCACGAAUAUUUGGACCGACUAUUGUAGGGUAUUCUAGUGCCGAUCCAGACCAGCACGCAAUAUUUACGGAAACGAUGAUUCAAUUCACUGUCAUGGAAGCGUUGAUGAAUAUACCAACUGAAUAUUGGUCUCAGUAUGUCCAAAUAGAAUCGGACCAGCAAGAUGAUGCUGGGGAUUUUGAAAUGAGGUCGUAUUUCGGAACGCCUUUGAAAGGAUCAACUGUAAAAAAACAAAGAAAGUUCUACGAAACUCCACCAGGUUUACUCAAGAAGAAAUGAAUAUACUGCAAAUAUCUUGAUUUACUCUACGAACUGACUAGUUCGACUGGUACAAAAAUACAAACUUGCGUUAUCUUAAUGGUUCUAUGUUAUUGCAAGAUUCUUGUUUUGCACUUUUUUAUUUAUUUUAGUAAUUGUAUAUCUGAAUAAAAUAUUUGUUUAUCAUCUAGAUUUGAAAGAACGACUGCCUCCUGUUGUACUGCAUUACACAAACAACAUAAAAUGUACUUACAAGUAGAAUAAGCCUGAUUGGUUGAACGUAUGCUUUCACGCUACCCAGCCGCACACAGAUCAGAAUUAACCUGAGUUGUAUAAUAAAGUAUUUAAGUAAGAAC